AUGAACAAAGCCAGCAUGAGUGCAGCAACAAAGUCAUGGAUAGUGGCAUCAAGUAUUGGAGCAGUGGAGGCCUUGAAAGACCAAUUGGGUGUUUGCAGGUGGAACUAUGCUCUGAGGUCACUGCAACAGCAUGCCAAGAACAACAUCAGAUCAUACACUCAGGCCAUGAAAUUGUCUUCUGCAUCUUCAGCUGCAGUUUCCAAUAAGGUGAAGAGAACUAAUGAAGAGUCUAUGAGGAAAGUCAUGGACUUGAAUUGCUGGGGUCCCAAUACUACAAGGUUUUAA